AUCCAGAAGCAUCUGCAGCGCGUUUAUGCCACACUUGGGGUGGCUUUGACAAUAUCUGCUCUGGGAUGCCUUUCAGACCUGUACUAUAGCAUCGCGGGCGUCCUCACGUACCUUACGGGUUUUGGAUGCUUGAUGGGCCUCACCCUUACCUCAAACACUCCAAGUAACCUGAAUAAACGGUAUGCUAUGCUGGCGGGUUUCAGCUUCUGCCAGGGCGCUGCUCUCGGGAAGCUUGUCGACUUGGCUGUGCUUGUCGACCCAAGCAUCGUCCUCACCGCCUUCCUGGGAACCGCGGCGGUGUUCUUGAGCUUCACGCUGGCGGCGCUGCUGUCAGCAAGGCGGAGCUUCCUGUUCCUGGGCGGCUGGCUGGCCUCUGCCGUGACCGGCCUCUUUGUCCUGCGCCUCAGCUCCUGGCUGCUGGGUGCUGGUACGCUUGCGUUCCAGGCGGAGCUGUAUGUUGGUCUCCUGAUGUUUGCACUCUACGUGCUGGUAGACACGCAGUUGAUUGUGGAGAAGGCGGGCGCCGGCUACAUGGACCCUAUCCGUGCGGCGUUGGAUCUUUUGGUGGAUUUGCUGGCCAUCUUCGCGCGGGUGCUCGUCAUCCUGCUCAACAAGCAGGCAAAGCGCGAGCGGCGAACGCGCAGGGACGACAGAGAGCGUCGCUAG